AUGUAAACAUCUUGUGUAUCACAUGCUACUAGCUGGUUUUCACAGUGCAAGUUAACCUGACAGCUUUUCAGUUUAUAAUGAAGAACUGGAAGGCAGGCCUGGCAAUGUUCAAGGCCUUAAAGGCUACAACUUCAAUAUCUAUAUGUCAUUCUAAAGUAACAUGGUCAUUACUUUUGGGAGGUACUGUUGGAACAGCGACAAUCUUUCAUCUUAAAGGUUUGCAGGUUUAUGCAGCAUCCAAAACAGAUAUCAAAAGGUCGGCCUGGAUGACGGAUCCAAUCACAGAUGUCAUUACGUUAGAGGAGAAUCCCACCUCAAUGAGAACCAAGAUGGAGAUGAUGAUAAUGAGAAUACAGGGAGAAAUAUGUAAAGCCCUGGAGGAUAUAGAUGGUGAUAAAAAGUUCUUGGUGGACCGAUGGCAAAGAAAAGAGGGAGGAGGAGGAAUAUCCUGUGUCCUUCAGGAUGGAAAUGUGUUUGAGAAAGCUGGAGUGAAUAUUUCUGUUGUUCAUGGCAAUCUACCUCCAGGUGCUGUUCAGCAAAUGAGAGCAGAAAGAGGGAAGAUUCUUGAGGGCACCACUUUACCUUUCUUUGCAACUGGAAUCAGUGCUGUAAUACAUCCGAAAAAUCCUAAUGUUCCAACAAUCCAUUUUAAUUACCGUUACUUUGAGGUAACAGAUAAGACAGGUAAAACUCAGUGGUGGUUUGGAGGUGGCACUGAUCUUACACCAUCAUACCUGGAUAAGAAGGAUGUCAUCCAUUUUCACCAAACACUGAAGACAGCCUGCGAUAAACACAGUAAAAACUACUAUCCUAAGUUUAAAAAAUGGUGUGACGAUUACUUCACAAUCAAACACAGGGGUGAGAAGAGAGGAGUCGGUGGCAUUUUCUUUGAUGACCUCGAUAAUGGAACACAAGCAGAGAUUUUCAAGUUUGUAACAAGCUGUGCUGAAGCUGUGCUACCAUCUUAUCUACCCAUUGUUCAGAAACACAAAAAUGAUGGAUAUUCGUAUGCAGACAGACAGUGGCAACUAUUGAGAAGAGGGAGGUACGUGGAGUUUAACCUUAUCUAUGACAGAGGUACCAAGUUUGGGCUGAUGACACCAGGGGCAAGAUUUGAAAGUAUACUCAUGUCCCUACCUCUACAUGCAAAAUGGGAGUAUUGCCACUCCCCCAGUGCAGGCUCCAAGGAAGAAGAGCUAUUGAAUGUACUCAAAAAUCCACAGGACUGGGUCUGAUGCACAGUCUGGUGUGAUGGUAGUUGAACAGC